UUGGGUCAAGAUGGCGUCGCCCGGCUGCUUGUGGCUCUUGGCCGCCGCUCUCCUGCAGGGGUUCUGCGCUGCACCGGCGCUGGGGCAUCUCGACCCGGCCGCGCCGCUGCCGCUGGUGAUCUGGCAUGGGAUGGGAGACAGCUGUUGUAAUCCCUUAAGCAUGGGUGCUAUUAAAAAAAUGGUUGAGAAGAAAAUACCAGGAAUUUAUGUCUUAUCCUUAGAGAUUGGGAAGACCCUGAUGGAGGAUGUGGAGAACAGCUUCUUCUUGAAUGUCAAUUCCCAAGUAACAACAGUGUGUCAGAUUCUUGCUAAGGAUCCUAAAUUGCAGCAAGGCUACAAUGCUAUGGGAUUCUCCCAGGGAGGCCAAUUUCUGAGGGCAGUGGCUCAGAGAUGCCCAUCACCUCCCAUGAUCAAUCUGAUCUCGGUUGGGGGACAACAUCAAGGUGUUUAUGGACUCCCUCGGUGCCCAGGGGAGAGCUCUCACAUCUGUGACCUGAUCAGGAAAACACUGAAUGCUGGGGCUUACAACAAAGCUAUUCAAGAACGCCUGGUGCAAGCAGAAUAUUGGCACGACCCCAUCAAGGAGGACAUGUACCGCAACCACAGCAUCUUCUUGGCAGAUAUUAAUCAGGAGAGGGGUGUCAAUGAGUCCUACAAGAAGAACCUGAUGGCCUUGAAGAAGUUUGUGAUGGUGAAAUUUCUCAAUGAUUCCAUUGUGGACCCUGUGGACUCUGAGUGGUUUGGAUUUUAUAGAAGUGGCCAAGCCAAGGAAACCAUCCCCUUGCAAGAGACCACUCUGUACACACAGGACCGCCUGGGGCUAAAGGAAAUGGACAGUGCAGGACAGCUAGUGUUCCUGGCUGUGGAGGGGGACCAUCUGCAACUGUCUCAAGCGUGGUUUUAUGCCCAUAUCAUACCCUUCCUGGAGUGAAACCCUUGUAGGCUGCACCAGAGCCCAGGGAGCCCCUAGCGCUUCUCAGCCAGUAGGAGACUGUUCCCUUCAUGCCUAAGCCUGAGCUCACAUCCAGCUUGCAACCAAUCCUUCCCUCUAGUUAUCACCUAACAUGCCCUGCUCAGAAAGAUCUAAGAUUCGAAUCUUAUCCUUUGCCUCAUCCUAUCAGCAUAUGGUGUUGAAUGCAAGUUUAAUUAGUUAAUAACCGUGCAUGGAGAUUAUUUUACAACCCCUCAAUGUGGUCAGGCUGUCUCAGGACAGUCUGCUGCAGAUUAGUGUCAGAACUGUGCCCAGAAGAGGCUGAAGCUAAAGCAAUUAAGAGUCUAAGGGCAGACACCUUCUUCAGGAAAGCCUAGCCACAUUUCAAGCCAAGAGGCAGCCAGCAUCCAGGCUUGAGGUGACCAUAAAUGCUUUCUCAGUUUUGCUGGUGGAGAUUCAACCAGUGCUUGUGGAAGUAUUGUUUAGAUAGUGUCUGCAUAAUUCCUUGAGGCUACCCUCUUUUCUCAGUAUGUUGUCUCCUGUGGUGUCUUAGCAUUGACCUGUUCUGCUGGGCCACCACCAUCUUGUCUCAGUAAGCACUCUUGUCUCUUUCAGGUAGUGAUCAAUCAGUUGCUUUGUCACAAAAGGGGGGGAAGUAGCACCCAACUGGAUUACUUAAGGUGGCGGGGUGGGGAAUAGAGUACAUCUUGCUUAACUUAGGGGAGUGAAGAAAAACGUACAAGCGGACAGAACACUGUAUGUCAACUAUACUUCAACUGAACAAUGUACAAGCAGAAGUGAGUGAGGACGCGGCUGGUCCCUUCCACUCCAUCCUUGACUGACUUGUCCCCUUCUCAGUGUGGCCAGUGGUCUGCAUUCUAGAGUCACUCUGCUGCUGGUGUUAGCAGACAAUGGGAGGAAGAAUGGGAAGAGAUGAGGCUUUCUAACUCCCUUCUCAAAAAACCCUAUUUACAGUACACUCUAAACUAUUUUGGAUGUAUCUGAUGAAAAAAAGGAUUAUUUGCUCAGAAAGCUUGGGGAAUAUUGCAUACCCCUUUUCUCCUGUUGGAGAUCAACUCACAUUAGACUACUAAGGACUGAGAAUUCCUGUUACAAUAAAAAAACUAACCUUUAGCUACUGUUUUCCCACACUAUGUGAGCAUGGACAUCUUAGCCCCCCACUCCUCCACCCUGAGAAAACCUAUCAACACUUUCUGGAAGACGGUUGUGCAGAAUGCCAGUGUGAGAGACGACAGCUGUGCAGAGGGAAGCACCUUCUUAGUGCUGCUAAGUUUACCCUUUAUGAUUUUUCUCUCCCCUCUCUCAAGCCUUAUUUCUUAACUAGAAGAUGAGGAUUAGGGGUUAACAAGUAGGGGGAAUGUGAAAAAAAUUUUAUGAUAUUGUCUAAAAUAAAGAAUAGUUUCUUAUCCUUGGUGUCCUUUUUCUUCUCAGUAUUCUUACAUACAUCUCAGGGCACCUGGCUGGCUC